AAGUUGUCAAAAGUGUCAACAGACAUCGUUGGCGACGCUCUCCGCUCGCACGGAGGCGCUUUUGGUUGCGAGUUGACGUGAACAAAAAGAGCAAAUUGAAAGUUUGAAGAAAAACCACAAACAAGUCGUUGCACCAGAGUGGAGCAAACUAAGAGGACGAGGACUUUCGGGUUUGACGACAAGAGCCGCCUGCGCUGACAGUCACCUUGCGAGCCCAAGCGGAAAAAAAACCCCAAAACAACUCCCUCAACCGCGUGUGCACGGAGCAUUUUCCCGGCGACGACGACGUUGCUGGGUCCGUCGAGGGGAUCAGCUCGGAUGGACCACCCGUUAGCCGAGCGCCGGAAUGCGGCUAAGCCGCCGACGGAGACGCGGGCGGCCCGCGGCGGAGUCGGCAAAGGAGUACGACCGGUCCUCGCACCAAAGCAGCAUUGCAGGUUUCGCACAGUCCCUCGACAUCGUGCGAGAGGAUCACGAUUAUUUGCAGAAGGAGCUGACCUACCACUCGCCACUUGACAGCAAGGAGCCUUGGCGGCGCGACCACGAUUAUCCCUUCGCGUGGGUCAGCCCGGACAAGGGCGGCGACAAGGGUGAGCACUUUAUAUUUGAAAACCACCAGGCCGCUCUGGUCCACAUGGGUAUAUCCCUGCAAACGCUAGACACGCUGGUGGAGUCGGUGCAGUGUCACGCCAACAAAGAUUUCCAGCUGCCCGUGCGCUCUCAGGUGAUCAUGACACUAAUGAAGCUCAAGACCAACCUACCUCUGGCCGACCUGAGCGUGUACUUCCACACGUCCGAGCGCACGGCUCUCGGAAUGGUCUUAUAUUGGAUCGACGUGCUGGCGGAGGUCUUGCGGCUCACCAUCCCGUGGCUAUCCAAACAAAUCAUCCAAGCCACCAUGCCCGCCGAGUUCAGGGAGAGAUUUCCCAACACGACGUGCUUCGUGGGCUGCAGCGAGAGCGUCCUGCGCAAGCCUCAGGGGCGCUGCUCGCCCAGCACGGUCAAGUACCUGCUGGCCGUGGCCCCGUGCGGCCUCAUCAUGUUCAUGUCGGCCGCCUACUCCGGGCGCUACCGCCACGACGACAUGGCGCUGGAAUCGGGUUUACUGGACCUCCUCGUGCCGGGGGACGAGGUCAUGACCCCAGGAGGCUUCGCGAUCAAAGACCUGCUGUUUAAGCGGCAGGUCAAACUGGUCGUGUCGUCGCUCAGCAAAGAUGGCGGCCAGGCCGCCGCCUCCUCCUCCUCCUCUUCCGCCGGCCACAUUGCACACGUCGGAGAUCACGUCGAAGGCGCCAUUCGCCACUUGAUGACUUUUAAUAUACUUUCGCAGGGCGUUCCCACUACGUUGGCGCCACAAAUUGACAAGAUUCUCCGUAUUUGCGCCGCCCUGACCAAUCUGAGGAUUCAGGUUUUAAACUAAUGUAGCUUUUUU